GUGUCUGCUGGAUGCACUCAGCCAGUUAGUCAGUGGAGUGUUGUGCCACACAGAAGAUCAACGAACUAUAGAGUGAAACUUCUUGGGGGGGAAAAAAGGGGGAAAAACUCCGAUUCAGGAAGAAGGAUCUCACUGUUUCUUUUGUGGAAGUUUAUUUUGACGGGAAAAGUGAAGAGUGAAUCUCCAGCGAUCAGUUUGGACUUAAUGAGAAAGUCAAGAAGUCCCGCUCCUGGAGAGACCAGCGGAAUAUGAUUUGAAUCAAGGGAACUUUGACUCUGUUGCUCGCAAGCAGGAUGAAUCUCCCCUCGCUCCAUGUCUUAGUGCUGCUGUGGGCAUUGUGCCCCAGUACACAGGGCCAGUGUGAUAAAUCAUCUGAAACCAGCUCCCUCAACCACUCCGUCAGCUACGGGGAGCUCCCAACUUUCAUAGCAGACUUCCCAAUCGAGAACAUUGUGACGCAAGGCAAGGACAUCUACGUUGGAGCUGUGAACAGAAUCUACGCCCUGGCUCCCGACCUCACCAAGCUAUCAGAGUACCACACGGGGCCGCUGUUCGCCAACGAGACCUGCGGACAGAAACCGGCGAACACAAGCGGUGAAAGGGUAGACAACCACAACAUUGCCCUGGUGGUGGAGAAUAUCUACGAUAAGGGCUUGUUCAGCUGCGGCUCGGCUGACAAUGGUGUUUGCCGCCGUCACGUCCUGGAUGACGAUAUCAGCCCAAAAACCGUAGACGAAGAAGUGUACUGCUUUGCUGUCAAAGUUGGGAAAGGCAAGGGCGAACCCAGCGACUCAGAUGUUGUAGUGAGUCCUUCAGGAUCUCGGGUUCUCAACGUGGAGAGCAACAUCAGCGAGUUCUUUGCUGGAAACUCUGAAAUCCCGAGUGUAGCAGGAAACGUAUCAGGCAGUGGAACACAUCCCCACACCAUCUCUCAACGAAAGAUGAAGACGAGCCAAAACGGCUUCAUCUUCGUAUCCAGACGCUCCUACAUGGACCUGCUCCCAUCUCUGCGUGGAAACUACUACUUGCGUUAUGUUUACGCCUUCCACAGUGGACCUUUCACUUACUUCCUCACCGUGCAGAGGGUGAGCAAAGACUCCCAGGCCUACCACACUCGCAUAGUCCGGAUGUGCUCCGCAGACCAAGAUAUCCGCCGUUACGUGGAGAUGCCCCUCGAAUGCAUCAGCACCGAUAAGAGGCGCAGACGCUCCACCGAAGAAGUGAAGGUUUUCAACAUCCUUCAGGCGGCCAACGUCACCAAGGUGGGCAAUGACGUCGAGCUGCAGAGGCAGCUGAAGGUGAAGGAAGACGACGACGUGCUGUUCGCCGCCUUCGCCAGAGGGCAGCCAAACUCUCCAGAGCCGACGCCAAACUCGGCCGUGUGCAUCAUGUCGCUGAAACACAUCAACUACAUGUUCAAGUUGUACAUGCAGCGGUGCAACACAGUGGACCCGUAUCACUUCACGGGAUCAGACAAGAGGUCCUGCUACAACAUGAGUUCAUCGGAAGACUGUGACCUACACGAGGGAAUCCAUGAAGGAAAAGAGGGCAACUACCGCCUGCAGGUGACCCAGUUUGUCCAACGGCUGGAGUACUGGCACAAAGACUUGACAAACACCUUGGUUACCUCCAUCACGGUGGUUCCUGUGCAUGGCCGGGCAGUAGCAUACCUGGGCACCGCAGACGGACGCCACAUGCAGGUGCUGUUAUCCAGAUUUGCCUCCCCUCAUGUCAACAUCCGGCUGGACUCGAGGCCUGUCACUGCCAGUGUCGCUCUGCUGGGCGAUGACCACUCAGAGGGAGCAAUUCUUGUGGCCACAGGGAACAAGAUCACCAAGGUCCCUCUGAUUGGCCCCGGUUGCAGUCAGCUGACCACCUGCACUUCCUGUUUGUUGUCGUCCCGUGUGACCGAGUGCGGCUGGUGCGAUGGACGCUGCACCAGAGCCAAAGAAUGUCCGUCCUCCUCCGUCUGGACUCAGGACUCCUGCACACCUGUUAUUACAAAGGUUUUCCCAGCAUCUGGACCCAUACGAGGCUCUACAGUGGUGACGAUAUGCGGCCGCAGCUUUGGCUUUGACAAGACGGAAAACUUCAAAGCGUCUUCAGUAACAGUGGAGGUGGCGGGAACUCCCUGCAAACUGCCCAGACAAGACUACAUCAACAGGUGGACUGAGAUGCAGUGUUCCCCGGUGUUCAGUGGGAACUUCACUCCAUCAGGACACACUGUGAAAGUCACCAGCGGCACCGAGGUAGUCGAGAUGGAUGGCUUCACCUUCGUGGACCCUGUAAUCCACGAGAUCUUCCCAACAUUUGGGCCAAAAUCUGGAAACACCAUGCUGACCAUCAGAGGAGCUUUCCUCGAUACCGGGAACAGGCGAGACGUGCUGAUAGGGAAAGCAGUCUGUAAGAUCCAGAGCCUUUCUUCUACCAUGCUGACCUGUAAAACACCCCCACACGCUGUCCCCUCCAAGCAAACCGUGAGGCUGAUCGUGGAUUCAGUGGAGCGCCACGCCCCUGAGCAGUUCACCUAUAACCAAGACCCCAUCAUCAACAGCAUCCAGCCCUCGCGCUCCUUCGUCAGCGGAGGCUGCACUGUGGCGGCUAAUGGCUUCUUCCUCCAGUCAGGCCUCCAGCCACAGAUGGUUCUCACAACCGGUCAGGAUGCCGAGGUGUUUCAUGUGAGCUGUGUGUAUGGUGAGAACCGGACAUCCAUCCAGUGCACCACGCCCUCUCUGGCCAAGCUCGGUCUGCAGCCACCUGUGGUCACCAAGGUGGCGUUUGUCCUUGACGGCUACUCCACGGAGCAGUGGGACCUGAUUUAUGUGGAGGACCCCCUUUUCCAGGACCCAAAGCUAACCUCUAAGGACAACAAGAGCAUUGUGGAGCUCAAGGGUGAUCGGAUGGACAGGGAGGCGAUGAAGUGUCAGGUUCUGACUGUUUCCAACCACAGCUGCGAGACUCUGACUCUGGUUGGAAACACUCUGGAGUGCACGGUUCCCAAUGAGCUGCAGGCCACCACUGCCAAGGAGCUGCAGGUGGAGUGGCGUCAGGCGGACUCCAUCAGGCAUCUGGGCAAGGUGACUCUGGCCCAGGAGCAGGACUACACAGGCCUCGUCGUGGGCUGCGUGUGUGUCAGCCUGCUGCUGAUGAUGCUGGCCUCGCUGCUCAUGUGGAGGAGGAACAAACACAUUGAUGAUCUGUCUGAGGUGUGGUAUGAUGGCCGGGGUCACAUCCAGCAUCUGGACAGGCUGGCUAACGCGAGGAGCGUCAGCCCCACAAACGAAAUGGUCUCCCACGAGUCAGUCGACUAUAGAACCAACCUGCUGGAGGAUCAGGGCACGGACAGGCCCGAGACGUGCCGAACAGCUGCUCCCAUCUACGGAGGAAACGGGGAGCUGCUGUCUCCUCGGCUGGGAGGAGGGAUAGGUAUUGGGAUGGAGGGCGAGCUGGUGUCACCCCUCCUGAUGGCCCCGGUCCACAUUGACCCGUCCUGCCUCCACCCAGACCUGCUGACUGAGGUGCAGCAUGUGGUGAUCGCAAGGGAGCAUCUGCUGCUCCAUCUCAACCAGGUCAUCGGCAGAGGUCACUUCGGCUGCGUUUUUCAUGGAACUCUGCUGGAACCAGACGGGCAGAAGCAACACUGUGCAGUCAAAUCACUGAACCGCAUCACAGAUCUGGAGGAGGUGUCCCAGUUCCUAAAGGAGGGGAUCAUCAUGAAGGACUUCAGCCACCCAAACGUCCUCUCUCUGCUGGGAAUCUGUCUGCCUCCAGAGGGCUCCCCGCUGGUGGUCCUGCCCUACAUGAAGCACGGAGACCUGCGCAACUUCAUCCGUGACGAGGGACACAAUCCAACAGUGAAGGACCUGAUGGGCUUUGGGCUGCAGGUGGCCAGAGGGAUGGAGUACCUGGCCAGCAAGAAGUUUGUCCACAGAGACCUUGCUGCAAGAAACUGCAUGCUGGAUGAGAGCUACACAGUGAAGGUUGCAGACUUCGGCCUGGCUCGGGACGUGUAUGAUAAAGAAUAUUACAGCGUCCACAACAAGAGCGGCGUCAAGCUGCCCGUCAAGUGGAUGGCUCUGGAGAGUCUGCAGACGCACAAGUUCACCACAAAGUCUGACGUGUGGUCGUUCGGUGUGUUGCUGUGGGAACUGAUGACCCGCGGAGCUCCGCCCUAUUCUGAUGUGAACUCCUUCGACAUCACCGUGUUCCUCCUGCAGGGGAGGAGGCUGCUGCAGCCUGAGUUCUGCCCUGACUCCCUCUACACGGUGAUGAUCGAGUGCUGGCACCCAAAGCCAGAGCGCCGGCCUUCCUUCUCGGAGCUGGUGUCCCGCAUCUCAGCGAUCUUCUCCAGCUUCAGCGGGGAGCACUACGUCCUCCUCAACACCACCUACGUCAACAUCGACAAGAUGAGCCCGUACCCCUCCCUCCUCGCCUCCUCCUGCUCCGCCAAUGACCCCACAUCCUCCCAUCCGCUUUCCGACCACUUCACCUCCACGUCCCUGCCGACCCAGUCGUCCCUGUUUUGCCGUGUGGAGCGAGAGUGCUGCACCUGAAGGAGGACAAAGACUCGUUAUUGGAGAAGAAGAAGAAGGAGGAGUGUGGGAGGAAGCAGUGAAGUGAAGAAGAACUACUGUAUGUACUUGCCAAACACUGGACACUGUAUGCUGAGGGAAAGCAUUUCUGCAGCUUUGACUGACCACUCAAUGUACAUAGAUUGUUGACCUUUGACCCGGUCCUCCGAGAACUAUUGGGCCAGCUUUAUUGACCUUCUGACGACCUUUCUGACCCUGGGGAGAGUGAUAUCAACCUUCCUGUUCCUCUACAAGACAAUUACAAGGCACAAGAACUCCUCCUCAAAGCCUCCCGGCGGACAAAGCCACUGUCACAGGAGCACAACACUAUUGAUCCAAACCAUCUCACUGACUGCUGUACCCACACACGGGGGAGAUUUCAGGUGUCUGUUCUCCUCUGGGUGGCAUGUGCUUCGAUACCUGGAUGUGGCUGGGAUCUGUCUGUAAUGUGAAUAUGUGACAAAUGGCCAUGUAGAAAUUAUCCCACCUCCACACGCCAUGAACAAGACUAUACACCUCCCUCGCAUGCCCUGCGCCUGCACUCAGAGAGAAUUAUUAUUUUUUUCAAAGACUGUAGCGCCUCAGGUGAGUUGAAGAGGCUCUCUGGAGGUUGGUGAAGGUGUAGGUGGAGGAUGGGACAUUGAAAAGAUACCCUGCUGCCUGUGUGCAGUUCACUGGAUGCUUUAUUUGUAGAACAAUCUUUGGAUGAUCAGCUUUAACGUGCUUGGAAGAAGAAAAACUCUCUCACAGCCUUUUCAUGACUCACCUGUAUGAAAUUCCCAGAGUCAAACGGAAAAGAAGAAGCGCCUUUCUUUCUUCCUUUAUUCAAACCCGUCGUGUUAAAACAGUGCGACUCUGACUACAUGCACACGCUUGAAAGCUGUGAGGGUUUCCUCCGAGAGAAGAAAGACAACAAAUGAGAGACAUGGCCCGGAGGUUUUUUCUGUCAGUUGAUGAAUCACUUAGUGUAUGUCUGUUUUGUUUGUCUUACAUUUAUUUGACAUUAAGCAGAUCUUUACCUGCGAAAAUUACACCUCCACAAAGGACGUUAGGGUUUGCAGCUAGAAGGUUUUUGGCUCAAUGAACCUGAGAAACAUAUAGUCCAUCUUUGACAUUUUAAAUAAUGAAAUUAAUACAAGACAAAUUAUCGAACAGGUUCAGAAAGCCUCCUUAGCUUUCGGUUUCAAGUCAAACUUUUACCUCAUAGCAUUCAUUCCUGGCUUCAAAUCAGGAAUGUGUUAUUAUGUGACCAUCAGUGACAGCUGUAGUUUUUACUGUAUCUCUUUGAUGACUGUGCAUCAAAUUAUGACAAAGUAAGAUUUGACUUUUAAAAGAAAACACCAUGGUGUUCCUGCAAAAUACUUCUAAUGAUUUAUCUGCAGCAUGAAAAUCAGAUACACUACCAGUCAAAAGUUUGGACACACCUUCUCAUUCAAUGGUUUUUUAUUCAUUUUAAUUAUUUUCAACAUUGUAGAUUAAUACUGAAGACAUCAAAACUAUAAAAUAACAUGGUUUUGCCAUAAUCUGGAUUACAACAGUACUCAAAUAGGACUAUACAUUGUGUGCUAACCCUACCUCUGAACAACACAACUGAUGGUCUCAAACACAUUAAGAAGGCAAGUCAUUCUACAAAUGAACUCUUGACAAGGCUCAUGUUAAUUAGAAACCAGUCCAGGAGACCACUUCAUGAAGCAGACUGAGAGAAUACCAAGAGUGUGCAAAGCUGUCAUGAAGGAAAAAGGGGGCUACUUUACAGAAUCUAAAAUAUAAAACAUAUUCUGCUUUGUUUAACACUUUUUUUUUUAAAUAAAUAAUUCCAUAUAUGUUCUUUCAUAGUUUAGAUGUCUUUGGUAUUAAUCUACAGUGUUUACAAUAAUUAAAAUAAAUACAAACCCUUGAAUGAGAAGGUGUUUCCAAACUUUUGACUGGUAGUGUACUUGCAACUUGCUUGAGCUCUAUAUUGUCAGUGAUGCAUUAUUUAUGUGUGGUGAUGCAGUAAGAAUGCAGAAAGAUACAUGUGCAUUUCAUGUAGCACAGUACUGUAACACCUGACUGUUGAAUCGACAAAUGCCAAUUGUUGCAUUAACUUCUGGCAGAGAUGGCAUUCUUUCACACUUAAUCCAGAGAUUAGUCGAUGCAUUAAAAAAUGUGCAGGAUUUCAGUUGCAUAAAAUUUAACAUUAGACCGUUUCAUUGAAUCUGCCUCACUUACGUAACACCGUAUUGUCCUGAAUAUAGGAGCACCCUGAUUAGAAGAUGACAAGUAUGAAGUUACUGUGAGUAAAAAGUUGUUAUUCAUUCCUUGUUAAUAAUGAUGCAUAUUGGUAGUAAUAGUAAUGAUAAUUAUGAUAACCACUACCUUACUCUAAGUUUCAGAGUAUGAGUUUAUAUUUGUGACUUAAAUAUAAUAGAAAGUGUGCAUCUUUUGCUUCCACCUCUCCAUUGUCCACAUAUAAGAUGAUGGGUAAAACUCUAGCAAAUCAACAGUUUGGUCUUAAUGUUGUGAAGAAAUAAAUAGAAACCAACAACUCAUUUGAACCACAGAUAAAACAUCAAGUUAUCUCAAAUCUGUCAGUCACAGGUGGGUUCAAACUCAAACCCACGAGGUCUCAGCGCCCCUUUUGUCUUUACUUUGUGUAGCAGGUUAUGUUUUAUUCUUUGUGUUUAUCUGAAUGGCUGCUGAUGUGACUGGGCCAUUGACGGACAGGUAUGAAUGUUUGCUAUGACAAGAAAAAUUGCUGUACUAUAUUUUUGUAUCGAUGAUGAGCCUCUUCUUUAGAUCUGGUUUGUAAAGAAAGACCAGCGGUGAGUGAAUAGUGCCAUGAACAAUGAACAAAGCCACCGAAACAAUCCUUGAACCACUGCCAUUUUGUAAAUACGGAGAAGGGAUCGUAGGGGUCUGUGUGGGGGUUUGUAGCAUGCUGAGAAUCUGUCGGAUUAACAAACGAGGGGCCGCUCAUUUAGCUUGUGAUCGUUGCUGCUGAAUGUUCACCUCACAUCCCACACAGUUCUUGGAGACUGCUGUCACUUCACCAGAGUGAUGCUCUACCAAGAUGUCUGUGCUUAACACUGUCUGUUCUGUGUGUAUAUGUAUGAUUUGUUGUCCAUGAAAAAAUCCUGAAGGUACAUGUUCCUAUGUAAUGUCAAAUCGACUUUGUCAGUGUAAUAAAGCUAUACUACCAGAGGA